ACCAGUUGUGUACAUGUGUCUUCCUUCCCUUCCAAGUGUGGAUUUACCCUGUGUGUUGGAUUUAAUACAUGACAGUUUGUUUCUCCAUGGCUCCUUCUGUUUCCUUUCCUAUGGAUUCCCUUGCCGCAAAGUUCACCUCCCUCUCCCGCAAAGGCCUUUCCCAGUUGGAGUAUGCAGUUGCAUUCAGCCAGCUCGGUGUGGUUACAGCGUGUGACGAUGUUGUGCUCGAUGUUCUGGAUCAGAGCUAAUUACUACCGCCCUGUAGACCUCCCAGACAACAACGGACUGAGCUGGAGGGAAGCAAUCAUCCAGUGUCUGGAGAGUGUCUACGUCCGAUCCAGAGGACAGCCAAACCCAGAGCCCAGCCCACCAUCUCUAUCACUCCUGUUCCUGUUCACUUCCUCGCCACCAUAUCCCAGCAGACCACUAGCUCCACCGGGCUACCUCGUCCCUCCUGCUCUGCCUUGGUCUGGUGUUGACCAUCCUGUGCCUUGGGACUCAACUCCUCCGGCUUCUCCUCGUCCCACUGGCUCCGUCAGGCUUCUUCAGCCCCUUGGUUCCACCUCAGUCCUCUGUCACUCCGGCUCCGCUGCGGCCUUUCAGAUCCAUGCCUCUGUGUCAGUUGCCGGUGCCAUCUGCUCCGCCUUGGUCCUCUGGAUCCUCCCCAUUGCCCUGGAUUCAUCGGCUAUUUGUCUCUGUCUCGGGCUCCUCCGCCACCUGCUCCGUCGCCGUUGGUCGGCUCCCUGGAGUCAUCAGCCCGUCAACAUUAUGGCUGUGGCCUGGGUACUACCUGUCACUGCAUGCUCCAAGUCCCUCCUACCAUCUCCCUGGCUCCUCCUCCCUGGGGGGAGUAAUGUCAGUAUUAUGGAAUGUCAUUGUUGUGUUUUGCUCCCCAUGUGCUCCCCGUGACCCAGUUUCAUCCUCAUGUAACCUUAUUUGGUUGUUCCUGUUCCUGACCUCAUUGUUUCUUAAUUAGUCAUUCUGUUCACAUGGGUUCCUCCCAAUUGCCUUGUUAAGUCAUGUAUUUAGUUCCAGUCUGUGCGUUCCUCCUUUGUCUCCUUUGUUCCUGGGUCUACCAGUUAUGUACGUGUGACUUCCUUCCCUACCA